AAGAAGAACUUUCUAAAUUUAAAAUUUUAUAUUAUAAAACAAAAGAUAUUUUAGAAAAACAUGAUGAUGAUGAUAAUCAAAAAUUAGAAGAAGAAAUUAAUUUAUUACAAAAUAAUGAAUUUAAAAAAUCUUUUAAUAAACAAUGUUGUGAAAAAAAUUGUUUACAAACUCAAUAUGAUUAUUCAAAAAAUUUAAGAGAACUUUUUGUAGAAAAUAAUAUUAAUUUAAGAAAAAAUUCUAAAAUAGGAAAAGUAAGUAAUCGAGCAAUAUCAUUUGAAAUAGUAAUGAAUGUUAUUACUUUUAUAGCAAAUUAUGCAAAACAAAAUGGUUUACCAUCUCCAG